AUGCUUUUUAUUACUAGAAUAAUUUCUAAUAUAUUACUACUCACAAAUAGGAACUCAGAAAGGGACUCGAGAAGGAUCUUACCUAGCCGUAUGGCCUGCUGCUUCUGCCAAUUUAAAAAUACUAUUGAGGUUGUCUGUAAGACAGUCAAGCUGCGUUGUGACAGUGAAUGCCUGAUGUAAGUCUCACGUUGUGAUGAAGAAACAUCUACAGGGAAUGCAGGAGGAUCGUUGAUGAAGGUGUUACAAGCCCGGAAGAAGAACAACAGCACCGCGCUGACUACUGAGUCAGAGAGGGCAUCCUCAGAUAAAAGUGCAGUCAGCUUGUCAGGCUUCAUGAAUGAGCAGCUGGACUUUACUAAUAACAGUGAUAUUAUCAGUGCACUAAAUUACAUACUGCCUUAUAUCUCAGAGGGAAAUCUAGGAGAUGUGGAAUCAACAUUAUUACCAUUCAUUCAACUUCUUUUUUCAAAUACACAAGAUGGAGAUAUAUUGCUGGGCCUUUUGAAAAACAAUACAAGGAGCCCUUCUGUUAAACCUGUACGCAACAAUUCAACUAACAAAAAUAAAUUGAGGAAACUCCAUUUUCUUGAAAAUCUGUUAGAUGCAGAAACUCAAGAAAAAAUUGAUGAGGUUAAAAAGGAAGAAAAACCUGCCACACGUACACAUUCCAACAUUUUAAGUGCCAUGUUUAAACACUACAUCUUUCAAAAGAAAUUGGAAACUACCCAACCACAGAAGGACAGCCUAGCAAAGAUUGAGAGUACAGAGGAAAAGCUGUUGAGAGUGAAGAGGGUCCUCAAGGGCCCAAGGGGCAUACAGAAAAUGCACCUCAAAGCAGUGGGAGAUGAGAGCAUCAGGAGGAAACAGAAUGCCCAGCCAUCUGUGGCGAGCACUGCCGAAGAAAGAAAGUUCAGGAGGCCAUCCCCAAGAAAGCUGAAACAGCUUCUCAUGGUGCCGAGGCCCAGGAAGCUGGUGGGAAAGUCCUCCAAUGCAGAGUCUUCAUUCAUAAAGGAACCCAAGGCAGCAGGCUCCUCUUCCCUGAAACAGUACUUCAAGGGCAGGCCUUCUGCCUCCAUCCCUCCAAAAUCCCCAUCUGGGGUUAAAAAUAAAUCAAAAGACUUAUCCAACACUAUUCGUGUUUUAGAAGAUGCAAAGGCUAGAGUUAGAAAUAUUAAGGCCUUUGAACUAAUCUGACAUUCUGGGAAAAAAUACAUCUUCCAUAAAAUUAGGUCUCAUCGGGUCCACAGAAAACCCAAAGUCAAAAGGAGUCGAAAGUUCAGAAAGAAAAGUUCACUCAAUAGAAUGAUGCUUGCAAGCCCUCCGUUCUCUGUAGUGAGGAGUCUCAUAAAUUCCCCUCCACAAGAGGCUGUUUCAUCUUCAGGAGAAGUGACUCCUCAGGAACAUCCUUUUCCAGAAUUAGUUUCUCUUUCGGACCCUUCUACAGAAACCACUACUUCAGAAAACAAUACUGCACAAAAUGUUUCUGAAGAAAUUAUUUCUACAGGAAACUCCACUCUGCCAGGAGGAACCGGACCUGGAAACACUACCCAUAGGAACGACUGCACUGCACACUCUACUGUUGCUGCAGACAGCAGUAUGCCAACUGUUCAACAUACCAACGAAACAUGGGAGCACCACAACACGGGCACUGAAUUCUCCUCUAAGCCCACAGUCUUCAUUUUCCCAGGGCUCACAUCCCCGGCUGAUCAAGUUGAAAGUCACCUAAACCAGCAGCUACGGUCCCUCAUCCCCAGCAAUGAAGUGCAAAUGCUUAUUUCUCAUGUUAUCCAGGCUUCGAAAAUGGACUGCUUGGAGACCCACGUACAGCUGGCCUGUGCCAACCUCCUCUCUAGAACAGGCCUCCUGAUGAAGCUUCUCAGCAAACAGCAAGAAGUAAAGGUGUCCAAAGCGAAAUGGGAUACGGACCAGUGGAAAACUGACAACUAUAUCAGUGAGAGCACAGAAGCCCAGAGUGAGCAGAAAGAGCAGGAGUCAAGUGAG